AUGUUAUUUGGAAACAGAAAAAUAUGGACAAUCGGUUCAUCAGCAGUUGUUGUCGUUUUUAUUGGUGUAGUAAUCUUAAUAGCAAAUCUUACUGUAAUUUUCAAGCAGAGACAAUAUUUGUUUCAUAUGAACAAUAUUCGAUCAAAUUUCAAAAUCAGUAUUAAUGAACAAAACAAUUUAUCAGAUAGUUAUAAGCCAUCUCAGAUUUCUGCAUCAUCAUCUCAGACUGACCUACGAUCACUAGUAACGACUGUCAAAUGUGUCGGUCCACUAUACAAUCAGUCGUGUCUCUACAAAAAUCUUUAUUAUACAAAUCGUGGAUUUUGGGCUCUAUCAUUGAAAGAAAAUAAUUUAUCAUUACCAGGCGUUCGACUUGAAGCAUUAGCUACAACAGAUUUUCGACCGAAUCAUCGUGUAUUUGAUACAUAUGAAGAACUGCAUGAAUUUGUUCGUUUGACUAUUGAUCCGAUGGUCCUCUCGGGACUUACACUCCACUUCAAUCAACGUUGGCACAAAAAUAUUGGUCAUGCACUUUUUGAUGGACUCUAUCCAGCUUAUGUUGCACUGAUUCGUUUUGCUCCCAAACAUCUGCAAUCGUUUCGUGUGUUUGUUGGCUUAGAUCACAUCAAUUGUGACAGUUGUUUUAGUGAAGAUGUAUACAGCCGGUUUGCCGGAGGUGGAUUGAUCAAAUCUAAUGUUAUCGAUUGGCUUAUGCCCAAUAGAUGGUUCCUUUUUGAAGAGUUAGUAAUGGGUAGCGGUAUGAUGUGUCAACGAUGUAUUCAAUCAAAUUAUCAGUUAGCUGGAGGUGUAGAACUCGAUGGAUCUCGACUCUUUCGAGAUCGAAUGUAUAAACAACAUGGAGUUAUUCCUGCUGAUGCUAGACGAAAUUAUUCGGCAGAAAAGCGCAAUGCAGCAAAGCCAUUGAAUGCUUUUAUUAUUGAUAAUAAACGUUUUACAGUAGAAGAACGAGGAGAAAUUCGAAUAGCAAUGGAUGAAAUCAACAAUUAUACUGAUACACACAUCAAUAAAAGUGUAGACGAUAUUAAGAAAUUACCAUAUCCGCUUAUUCGAGUUUAUUAUCUCAAUUAUCGUAAUAUAAAAGCAAAAACUAAUGUUUCAUUUCGAAUUAAAUCAACUCCUGUCGAUACUAGAUCACCAACAUACGAAUUGAUGGACAAUGAUUUUAUCGCUCAAUUACAAAUUUUGCGUGAUAUGGAUAUUCAUGUUACAGGACCCGGUACAGGUCAGAUGUAUCAAACAUUUCUCUCUGAUGGUUCAAUAAAUAUUAAUCUUGGAGGCAUGAAUCCAUAUAAAAAAGAAACUACGCCUAUCGCUUAUCCAUCGUUUCUCGAACAAUAUGUAACGGCAGGUACUCCAUAUAUCAAAGGUCUCUAUUAUCCAAUCAAUAAAAGACGGGAUGGAAUUAGAAGAAUUGAAUUAGUCAAAUUGAUAAAACAGGCAGCGCAAUUCAUUAUGCAAGGAUUUUCAUUACCAGUAAAUCCAAAAGAUAGUCUCGCACCGGAUGGACAAGUAUUUGUAGAACAAUGUGAAAAUGACAAAAACUUUUGUAAAUUAGUCACUGUACGAAAAACUGGUUAUUUCUGGUGCAACAAUAUGUGGACAGAAGAUUUGGUGCAUGAACGCAGGCAAUGGGCAGAAGGAGGAUUUCCUAUAGGUGGUAAAAAAGUUAGUUGUUCAUUCAAUCGUACAUUAUUGCGUAAUUUGAGACAAAAAUAUGGUAUCGAAUAUCGUCCUGGUCGAGAGUAA